UCCCCCUCUGGUUACCUCCCACCAUUAUACUUGCUUACUGCUGGCUGCCAAUAAGAGCCUCCAGGAGUGAGAAAAUCAGUUUCAUCUUCCUCAAAGCCUCUGUACAGACCCCUGGCCAGCAAGGAAGUCUGCACUGAGAAGAGGCUGCUCGCCAGAAGAAGAGCAACUAGAAAUGGCCACCCCAUCUGUAGUGACGGUGCAGCCACAGUACGUCAUGGCUGUCCCAAGUGCCUCAAGGAACAUAUGGCAGACCGGGCUGAUGGACUGCUGCACCGACUGCAGUGUCUGCUGCUGUGGGUUGUUCUGCUUUCCCUGCCUCGCCUGCCAGGUGGCUGGGGACAUGAAUGAGUGCUGCCUGUGUGGGACCACUGUGGCCAUGAGGACCCUCUACCGCACCAGAUACAACAUCCCGGGGUCCAUUUGCUCUGACUGCUGUAUCACCAUGUGGUGUCCUGUGUGCUCCGUUUGCCAAAUUAAGAGAGACAUCAACCGGAGGAGGGAGAUUGGCAUAUUCUGAUGCUGCUGUCCUUGCUGCACCCUGUGGAGCCACUGCAGGCAGGAGUCACUGCUCCCCUGGCUUCUGCAAAAUGCACCACAGAGGGUUUGCCUUGAUUGCAAGUUGAUUCCCCCUUUCCUGAGUAGUAAAAUGAAUAAAGAGCAGGGUUUGCCAUUC